GGAUACCGGAAGUAAGUGCUGUAAAGGGAGAAGCUAAAGUGGUUCUGACCAGCGGAAUAAACCGGUAUUGUGACUCAUUUAGAUUGUACUAAUUAUCUAGAGUGGYGACAGGAGCGGCCCAAUUCAUACUUAUAUCUGUCGUGUCUUGUUGGAAACUCUCGGAGCUUUUAUUUUUAAAUUUAUUUCUUUUGUUUUGGUCAGUCUGUUCGAGCUUACGCCGGGGCUAACGCUAAAGCUAGCUUGAACAGAAAGCUGGUUUUUAGUCAACAAGCGUGAGUAAAUUACCGAAAAUGAGUGGCUGUGGGACAAGAUACCGACCUUCUUAGUCCUUCUGAAACAACAGGUCUGUGUUGCGAUGAGGAGCACCAGAGUCCACCUCUGAGGGCUCAGGGGCAUGAACUCUGUUUCCCCCAGUGCCGUUCAGUACGUGGGAAUUGUGAUGCAGGAGGAACAGGUGGAGAGCCGGAGGCAGCCGCCGCUGCUGGAACGACAGAGCAGCUUUGGACUCAGAGCGUCUCAGAUUCCGGAUGCCAGCAGAGAAGCAGCCGACGAACCRGAUGAGAUCGACAAACUUAAAGCUAAACUGAUGUCGGCGUGGAACAGUGUCAAAUAUGGGUGGACUGUUAAAUCUAAAACGUCUUUCAACAAAAUAUCUCCAGUCACUGUCCUUGGACACACUUAUCUGCUUAACAGUGAAGAUGAGGUGGAUCGAUUCCGUCAAGCUUUUGUAUCCAGGGUCUGGCUGACCUACCGGAGGGAGUUUCCUCAGCUGGAAGGCUCCACAUUUACCACGGACUGUGGUUGGGGCUGCAUGCUGCGCAGCGGUCAGAUGCUGCUGGCACAGGGGCUUGUUGUUCAUCUGAUGCCCAGAGACUGGACUUGGCCAGAUGCUCAGCAGCUAACCGACGUGGACUUUGAGGUUUUCCGACCACGCUCCCCAGUACGAGCUGGAGGUGUUCCCAUCCCGUCCUUUGGCUCACCGCGUGGAUCCAGCACCCCGGAAAAAUCUCAGACAAGCACUCCGGCACCAAGAUGCAGCCUGAAGAAGAGGCCGGAGUCUGCGAGGGACCGACAAGCAGACCCCAUUCACCACAAGCUCAUCGCCUGGUUUGGAGAUCAACCUCCGACACCUUUUGGUGUUCACCAGCUGGUGGAUAUUGGCAAAGGGUCAGGGAAGAAGGCUGGUGACUGGUACGGCCCCUCGGUAGUGGCACACAUACUUCAGAAAGCAGUGGAUAAAUCAUCUGUGGUGCAAAAUCUGGUCGUAUAUGUGGCUCAGGAUUGCACAGUGUACAAAGAAGACGUGGUUCAUCUCUGUGAUCUGUCACUAAGUCAGAGUCCACGUGAUCCUUGCAACCAGGCCUGGAAGUCUGUCAUCAUUCUGGUACCGGUUCGGCUCGGAGGAGAGAGCCUCAACCCUUCCUACAUAGAAUGUGUCAAGAACAUCCUAAAGCUGGAUUGUUGCAUCGGAAUAAUUGGUGGAAAACCCAAGCACUCGCUCUACUUCAUUGGCUUCCAGGAUGAACAGCUGCUCUAUCUGGACCCUCACCUCUGCCAGCCGGUCACUGAUUUCUCUCAGCCCAACUUCUCACUGGAGUCGUUCCACUGUAGCGCUCCUAAAAAGAUGCCCUUCAGCCGUAUGGAUCCCAGCUGCACCAUCGGCUUUUACGCCAAGAAUAAGAAGGACUUUGAAUCUCUUUGUUCUGCAGUCAGCAUGGCUCUGUCAUCAUCCAAAGAGAAGUACCCCAUCUUUACCUUCGUUGAGGGGCGGAGUCAGGACUAUGGACUUGAGGGUCACUGCAGCAACCACAGUGGCCCCGCAACCCACAUCCUGCCUCCAGGCAAACUGAGCAGGAGCAACAACAGAAGAAACAGUGACGAUUUUGUUUUCCUGUGAGCCAAAGAGGAAGAUGUUCUCUCUCCUGCUACCUGUAGAUGGCACUCUUGGACUUGUUCUAUCUUCUAUUUUUUCCCUCAAAACGGAAAAAAACUGGAUGGUGCAGCUACCCACUGGACACAGCUCUUGGUCUGCCUUGCUUCACAAACUUUACCUCUACAUUGAAGACUUUUGAGAUGAGUCAGUUCUGACUGCUUUGCUGAAAUAAGUUGACUGUCAGAGUUGAUCGUGGUGGGAAACCUUUGAAGCACUUAGUGUUCACUCGAUAACAUAAAAAGCCUCACAGUCGAGACCGCUGCUUCCCAAAAUGUUGCUGUACAAUAUUCCACCUGCUGUUUCAGGUUGUAAUUUUUGUCCUUUUUGUCAGGUUUAUUUAUGAGUUUUAUGAAUGUAUGUUUGCGAGUGAGUGUUGGGUUAGUGUAAUUUAUAAUUUUGUCUUUUAAUUGUACAUAUAAAUUUAGAAGUCAGAGGUAUUUUUCUCUGGUUCUUCCAAAUGUCCAGAGUUGAAACUUGAACUAAACUUCAAACCACAAAUGCUGUCAGCAUCUCAUUAUUUAAAUAACGGGAACAUGAAACACAAAGGAAUCUGCUGUUACAUUGUUGUUGUUUUUAUCUGUUAAAUGUGUCUCAUAAAACAUGGUUAUCGUGUCUUUUUGGGUUUGUCUUCAAAGUAAAACCCAAAGUAGCUCUUCAGAUUUAUUUGUUCAGAUGUGUAAAGAUACAGAAAAUAAAAUGUGACCAACCUAGACCUGGGUCAGCUGGUAAACACAUCACAUCAACACCAGGUGACGCGACGGAGAAAGACUGCGGUCGAAACACUGCAAGGUAAAAAGGAUAUUUUUACAUGUUUGAACAAAAUAAUCUAAAGAUAUUUGAAAAGAUUUACUGAUUUAAACUCAAGCGUUUCUGUUUUAUGUCUGAGUUUUAUCUUAUUCUACAUAAAGAAGAGAUUUUGAGCAGUUUUUCUUAAAAUGACAKUUUGUUCUAUGUGAAAACUACUACUGCAACUGGUUUGUUAUCCUGAUUAAAUUCAAACACUGAAGUUACAUCUUA